AUGGAUACUACCUUACGACCAGCCCAUGCUCCCCAAACUCCCACCCAGUCCUCUACCUUCUCCUCCUCCACCACGACCCUCUUUCAAUCUUCCAACUCCACAGGAUCGGUAGAACAACCUUCAAAUCCCCUCAGCCUCCCUGCGAAGCCCGCCAAUCCUGCCUUUGCGACACCCCUCCAACCAGCCUCGGCAUACACUGCACAACCCGCCAUGUCGCAGACACAACCUAUAGCACAAAAUUUCUCUGAUCCAGCUUACUCCUCGGGGUUACCAGUUGUUUCUCAAGACAUGAACGGGUCCCUACCAAGAACGGAGGUUCCGCCUGCAAAUCAAGCUGCCGCCGACUACCCCCACCAAGUAAAUGGCCUAGGGGGUCCUACUGCCACAGCGCCUUUUCUCCAGGACUUCAGCCUGGUUGCUGAAGCAGCCAAGCGGGCUCAGAUGUCCAUCGUCAUGCGGGAUCUUGAAAGCGUGACCCUCUAA